ACCGUUUGUGGAAUUCCCGCGAGAGUUAAUUUGAUUGGAUGUUAAUUAUUUGACUAAGCUACCUGUAUUUGACAUUGUGUUGUUAUUUCGCUGAACACUAGAUGGUUUAAUUUUAUUUUUGGUAGUGAAACGAGGCUACUCAGGCGAGAAAAAAAACUCACCCAAAUGUAUAGCCCUGUUGGAAAAUAUAAAUGGACUGUUUGAAAAUGUGAAGAAUUGUAAGAAUUGCGCGUGUACCCCAGUUUGGGAAUACCUGGCCUAAAAACAUGGUUAAAACUACAAUUUGAGACCAUGAAGAAUCAGUGGUCAGUCAUUGCAUCAAUAGCUCUGUCUUUGAAUUUGAGAGUGGUUACAUCCAUUCCCCCCCCUUUUUUUAUCUAAACGGGGUGAGCAGGUCUCUUUGUCAUUGUUUCAACUGCUGUGUGACGCUUUCAAAUAGUAUUUUUGUUUUUAUACACUUUUACGAUAUAGACAAUUGUGACUUUGUGGCUGUGGUAACAAGUGGAAACCCCAAGAUAAUUCACCCACAUCCCGGUUAGUGCUGCUGCGCAAGUUAUUAUUUUUUUUAACAAGAUCUGCGCAAGUAUGAAUAUGACCUACAUUACAUUCUUAAGAUCGGUAGUGUGAUCACUACGGAUUUUUGUUUUGUUUUUAAGAACCACAAAUGUUUACUGUUGCACAGGGAACAAUGCAUACUACUGGUAGAACUGCACUGUGAGCGGCCCUCAGGAACCAGAGGACCAGGUCUGACCACCCAGGCCCAGGGAGGGUGCAGGGUUCUGGGUGUAGGGUGCCCAGGCCACUGGGCCAAUGGAGCAGAUCCACUGGGUGAGACACCGCUGGCAGCAGCUGGUGGCCGCAGAGUCAGGUCGAGGUAGGUACUCGGCCCCUGACGCCGUGCCCACCAAGAGUUCCCCGAAGCUCCACAACGCACAGCUCACUGGCAAACGGAGGACGGUCAUCGCCCGCCAUGGACCCUACCAGCAUGAGUACGACAGCGUCUCCAAGGGAUGCCAGGGCAACGGCAUCCGCACCACCAAGUACAGCCUUCUGAGCUUCAUUCCCAUGAACCUGUUCCAGCAGUUCCACAGGGUGGCCAAUCUAUAUUUCCUGUUCCUGGUGAUGCUGAACUGGGUCCCGGUGGUGGAGGCCUUUCAGAAGGAGAUCACCAUGAUUCCCCUGGUAGUGGUGCUCAUCGUCAUCGCCAUCAAGGAUGCCCUGGAGGACUACCGCCGCUACCGUUUUGACCAGAAGGUCAACAACAACGUCGCCACAGUAUACAGCGGGAAACAGCAGACGUAUGUGGACCAGCGUUGGCAGGACGUCCGCGUGGGGGACUUUGUCCGUCUGUCCUGUAACGAGAUCAUCCCUGCAGACAUGCUGCUGCUGUACUCCUCUGACCUCCACGGCGUCUGCUACAUCGAGACGGCCAACCUGGACGGGGAGACUAACCUCAAACAGAGAGAGGUGGUCAGAGACCUGCCACAAGGUUCCGAGUUGACUCCAGAGAACUUCCACAGUCGCAUUGAAUGCGAGAACCCCAACAACGACCUCAGCCGGUUUCGAGGUUACAUGGAGCACCCCAGUAAUGCUCGUGUGGGCUUACACAAUGACAACCUCCUCCUGAGAAGCUGCACCAUCCGCAACACAGAGACCAUCAUAGGCAUCGUGGUCUAUGCAGGUCACGAGACCAAAGCCAUGAAGAACAACAGUGGGCCGCGGUAUAAACGCAGUAAACUGGAGCGCAGGAUGAACAUGGACAUACUGUGGAGUGUUGUCCUGCUGGUCAUCAUGUGUCUGACCGCAGCUAUAGGCCAUGGUCUCUGGCUCAGGAACCUGGAAGAAGCUUCCUUUCUGAUCCCUGACACCACAUCUCCUGCCCUGGCUGGCUUCUACCUGUUCUGGACCAUGAUCAUAGUACUACAGGUGCUCAUCCCUGUCUCCCUGUACGUGUCCAUCGAGAUUGUCAAACUGGGUCAAAUCUUCUUCAUCCAGAACGACGUGGACUUCUACAAUGAGUACCUGGACUCCAGGAUCCAGUGUCGAGCCCUGAACAUCACAGAGGACCUGGGUCAGAUCCAGUAUGUGUUCUCAGACAAGACUGGCACACUGACGGAGAACAAGAUGGUGUUCCGGCGUUGCACCAUUGCUGGGGUGGAGUACCCCCACGAGGAAAAUGCGCGGAGGCUUGAAGUGUACAAGCAGGAAGAGGACGAGGCGAUGGGCCGCUCCCACACGCUCAAGUCACGUGCCAGCGCCAAGUCCCUGAGCUGCAAGUCGCUCAGCUGCAACCGCAGCUCCGUGUCCCUGCACACACUGACAGGCCACUCAGAAGGGGAGGGGGAGGAGACCCCCAGCCCCACCCUGCCCCGACAUAGCGCCUUCAGUAGCCCUAUGGAGAAGGAUGUAGUCCCGGACCCUUUCCUGGUGCAGAAGCUGAACUGUCUGUCCUCCCCGCUCUUCCUUUUGGCGGACGCCAGUAUGGAGCUCACCUACAUCGUGGACUUCUUCAUGGCUCUGGCCAUCUGCAACACGGUGGUGGUGUCCUCACCGAACCAACCCCGCCAUGUGGUCCAGGUGCCUGAGGUCCCCCGUACCCCCCUUAAAUCCCUGGAGGACAUCAAGAUGCUGUUCCAGCGUUUCAGCCUCCCCCGCUUCUCCACACUCUCUCCUCCACACACUACAGAGAGCCCUCGCAGCUUCACCGGCAGGCUCUUCGCCAGGGGCAAGCCAGCCUCCUUCACCCCCAGCCCUUCCCCUAUCCCCACCAAGAGGGGUACAGAUCCAGACGGGGAGCCUAACUUUGAGGCCUCCAUCCUGAUUAUCAAACCAGGGCUGGCUGGACCCCCUGGAGAGGAUGGGGACCAAGGGGAUGAGGAGGGAGAACAUGGCUCUUGGAAAGGCGAAGAGGACAAGAUUGUACAACUCAACCCAGGGGCCUGGAGCGGGCUGGAGAACUCUAACGGAGCCCAAGACCCUCCCGGUGAACUUGGGGCAGACGAACUGAUCUAUGAGGCGGAGAGCCCGGACGAGGCGGCACUGGUCCACGCGGCAAGGGCCUACCACUGCACCCUGCGGGGACACUCGUUUGCGCGCCUUCUGGUGGAGCUGCCGGGGAUGGGCAGCCUGGCCGUGCGCCUGCUCCACAUCCUGCCAUUCGACUCCACCCGCAAGAGGAUGUCUGUGGUGGUCCGCCACCCACUCACCAAGCAGGUGGUGGUCUACACCAAGGGUGCCGACUCUGUCAUCAUGGACCUGGCAGAGUCACCUAAAGGUGCUGAGCAGUCAGAGAGCAGGCAGGGUCACAUCAGAGAACAAACCCAGAAACACCUAGACAACUACGCCAGGGAAGGCCUUCGCACCCUCUGCAUCGCUAAAAGGGUUUUGGAAGAGGAGGAGUAUGAGGUUUGGUUGAAGCGUCAUGCAUUUGCGGAGACCAGUAUAGAGAACAGAGAGGAGCUUCUACUGGAGUCUGCACAAAGACUGGAGACCAACCUGACUCUACUGGGGGCAACAGGGAUAGUGGAUAGACUCCAGGAAGAGGUCCCAGAGACCAUCGAGGCACUACAGAGAGCAGGGGUCAAAGUAUGGGUCCUCACUGGGGACAAACAAGAGACUGCCAUAAACAUUGCCUGUGCCUGCAAACUACUCAGGUCCACAGACCACCUGCUGACUGCUAAUUGUGGUAGCAAGGAGGCGUGCAGGGCCUUGUUGUUGGAGCUGCGGGCGGAGAUGGAGUGCGGAGAGGCAGCUGAGGGUACGUCGGGCUUCACCCUGGUUGUAGACGGGCGUACGCUGGAGUUUGCCCUGCAGGAGGACCUGAAAGGGGACUUCCUGGAGCUGAGCCGGUGCUGCAGGGCCGUGAUCUGCUGCCGCUCCACCCCCCUGCAGAAGAGCCAGGUGGUACGGCUGGUACAGGACCAGCUCCAAGUCAUGACCCUCGCCAUAGGUGAUGGAGCCAAUGAUGUCAGUAUGAUCCAGGUAGCAGAUGUUGGCAUUGGGAUAUCUGGCCAGGAGGGCAUGCAGGCUGUGAUGUCCAGUGACUUUGCCAUCUCCAGGUUUAAACACCUUCGCAAGCUGCUGUUGGUCCAUGGCCACUGGUGCUACACACGCCUGGCAAACAUGAUUCUCUACUUCUUCUACAAGAAUGUGAUGUAUGUUAACCUGCUAUUCUGGUACCAGUUCUUCUGUGGAUUCUCGGGGAGUGUUAUGACCAACUCCUGGGUGCUCAUCUUCUUCAACCUCCUCUUCACCUCUGUCCCUCCCCUUCUCUACGGGAUCCUGGACAAAGACGUGUCUGCAGACACCCUCAUUAAGUUACCGGAGCUCUACAAAUCUGGACAGAAUUCCAAGGCCUACCUCACUUCUACCUUCUGGCUGACAAUGCUGGACGCUAUUUACCAAAGCCUUGUCUGUUUCUUUGUUCCUUACUUUGCAUACGCAGGGUCGGAUGCAGACAUGCUCUCCUUUGGUUCUCCCAUCAAUGCCUCGUCCCUCCUCAUUAUCCUACUGCACCAGGUCAUCGAGAGCCGCACACUGACAUGGCUACAUGCCUUAUUGCUGAUGGGUAGUGCUCUCUUCUACUUCUCUUUCACCCUGGUCUUCAGUGUGGUGUGUGUGACAUGUAGCCCCCCCAACAAUCCCCUUGGUGUGGACAAGCUACAGAUGUCCCAACCACUCUUCUACGGAGUGUGUGCCCUCACCACCAUACUGGCACUGCUACCAAGAUUCCUGUUCCAGGCCCUGCACAACAGCAUUUGCCCCUCUGACACAGUGAAGGCUGCUCUGAUGGACCAGCUCAAUCCAGAUGACUACUGUAGAAGGAUGCAGCGCUGGAACCAGACCCAGGCCCAGAGUAAAACCAGAAGUCUCGUCAUCAACGUGGAAGACUCAGACAUCAAGGUCCCUGACCCUGACUUCAGACUCCCUUCAGAGCUGAAGGAAGGCAGUGCUACCACUGGCUCUUUGCUCUCCUGACCUCACAGAGGCUACAGGCGGUGGCUACCACAGGAGGUUGCUGAGGGGAGGACGGCUCAUAAUAAUGUCUGGAAUGGAGUGAAUGGAAUGGGAUCAACCACAUGGAAAACAUGUUUGAUAUGUUCCAUACCAUGCAUUAAUUAGGUUCCAGCCAUUACUUUGAGCCUGUCUUACCCAAUUAAGGUACCACCGGCCACCUGUGGUGGCUACAGUGGGAGGCUGCAGGGUUCAACCCUAACACCCUUCCAAACUAGCUGUCUUGCAUGGGUUGCUCACUGAUGAUGAUGGUUAAGAACACCAUGCUGUCUAUCCAUGGGAAAGAGAUGGAUAUGUUUCUCACAUGUGCCUAGAGUUGCAUUAACAUGGAGUCAUGGAUGUAUAGCCUCUCCUGGUACUUGAGAAAAGAUUGGUGAUGUGGACUUUUUGUAUUUUUUCUUAUGUAACCUUUAAUUAACUAGGCAAGUCAGUUAAGAACAAAUUCUUGAAACGAUAUGCUGGAGUGUGUGCAAUGUUUGGAAUGUGUUUACAAUCCUUGAGCUGCGUACACUUCUUUGUAAAGUUAGCAUCAAGCUAUGUCUAGUUUUGUGUUUACGCACAUCUCUUUGUUGUUGGUGUUUCUUAAACAAACACACCAAAAUGAAAUUGUGAACAACGCAUAUUAUUGCAUAUGAACCUGGGAGACGGGGAGGUCACAUAGAGUACCAAAGUCAUAAUACCCAUAAAAUGGUUCCAAUCGUUUUUCCGCCCUUCAUUUUUCUCAUAGGAGAUUUUAGAAACACUUAAAAUAAGAGCUGUGUUUCACGUCACCCUGGUGUGACGUUUUGAUAACCGUGUAAAUCUCUCUAGGACAACAAGUGACUUUUUAUCAAUAUAUUCACAUGUAUUUACUUCCCAAAAAUGAAAUGCUAAUUAGUUGCUAAUGUGGCUAUCAUAAAGAACUACAAAUGCCAUGGUGAUCUGGAUGAACUAUCUGUCAGCUAAAUUUAGUAUUGAAUAAAUUGGUUACAUUUAUUUAUAUUUACAGUUCUGUGAACUGCCGUGUGCAAGUUUUAAAUUUACACAAUACCUGUUAGCAAAGGUGUCAGCGAGAGAUGACGUGCAGGAGCUUGCAGGGAUUUGUAGUUUUGCAUAAUGGCUACUUUGAUGCUAAUUAGCAUUUUCAAAUCUGAGAGUAAAUAGAGAUGAAUAUAUUGAUAAAAGUCACCUUGUUGGAGAGAUUUACAUGGUUAUCAAAACGUCACACCUCGGUAAGCUUAAACAAAACACAAUCCUUAUUUUAAGCGUUUCUAAAAUUCCCCAUGGGAAAAAUAAAUGGUGGAAAAACUUUUCACCGCUAGGUUUUAUUGGUAUUAUGACACCCCAAUGCAGAGCUCUAUAGUUGGGCAAAAUCCAAAUGCUGUACAGUGGCCUUACCCUCCUAACUACUGAUCUCUGUGGCUUGUGUAGGUGAUAACAGUAUGUAAAUGUAUGAAUCACACUUGAAUCUAUUUUGACAGGAGUUUACUUGGAUUUGGCAUGGACCUGACAUUUCCCACCACUAUUACCUACCAACCCGCACUUAGCUGUAGUCAUGUUUGGUAAAGGAGCCUUGAAGUCCAUUUAAACAUGGGCUGUAUUGAUUUAUUUAACCUUUAUUUUCUUAUUGAGGUACAAUCUCUUUUUCAAAAGAGACCUGGCCAAAGGGCAGCAUACGUUUAGUUAGAAGACAAGGACCAAAAUGCAAUGUAAAUGUACACACUGGAAAUUGAAAAUGUAAUGUGGGAAGAUGAUAGAGAUCCUGGGGCUUCUAAAGCAAGACAACCAAAAGUGCAACUUAAUAGGCUUAAGUACAGGAAGAGGGUUCAGAUAUGGCCCUCCUGUAUGUGAAGUAGGCUUUAUAAAUGUUCUCUUGAGUUUGCCUGGACAAUGCCAUUGCCAUUUAUAUCUGCUUCUGAGAAGUGACCUCAAUGCAACUGGCUCUACCACAUGCAAAUCUUCUUUAGAUCAAUUAAUCCUUAGUAUUUUAUGUGUUUAAAUUAUACUCUUUUUUUAAAUUGUUUUUUACAGUAAAAUCCUGCUUGUCAAAUCCUACGCAACAUGGAAAAGGCAGCUGAUUUGACCUAUAGUGAAAUUUUAAAAGCGAUGAUUAUAAAUUAGUUGUGAACUUGUUUAUAAUAAAAUCAUUAUUUUAUACCAACUCA